AAUGAAAAAAGCUUAACUAAAGCGCUUAUAAAUCGAAAUACCUCCAGGCCAAAUUAGUCAUUGAGAGAGACAUUUGCUUGCUUGCGAAAGAGAAGACAUCAAACGUUCGUUGGUUUUUGCUUUUCAUCAGAAGCGAAGCGAUAAACAAACAAGACGGGUGUAAAAUGUGAAUUAUCCUUAUAAUGGAUUCGUGCCAGAGACUAAUCCAAAACCACGAUAUAUUGGCAAAUAUUUUUCAAUAUCUUAGCCUGGAAGCUCAGGUCGACUGUGCGGCCAUCUGUGAAUCAUUUGAAGCGGCCAUAAGCCAAAGGCUGUGGAGUAGGCAACAUUGCCAUUUGGCCAUUCAUAAGACGCCCUACAUCACCAUAGUCACCAAUUCGCAAAGAGAACAUGAAAAGUGCCCUGGCGAGGGCAGGAUGCUGAGAGUUUGCGAGUAUAAAUCCUCGUUGCCCUACCACAAGAGCAAAAGGUUCAGGGCGCAGGUGGCCCCCUAUGUUCGCAAUUUGGCCCUGCAUUCCGAGUACUACAGCUUUGAUAAGAAUUUGGGAGUGGCUUUUCAAAACAUUGAAAAUUUCCAGCACUUGCGUCAUUUGUCCUUUCAUCAGGCGGUGGUUACGGACCAGCAGCUGCAGUCAAUAGGCCAACACUGUGUGCAUAUACAGAAAUUGGAGCUCAUUGAAUGCACUUGCGAUGAAUUGGAAUCUCUGAUACCUGGCUAUAAUUUGGAUAUAAGUAGCUUAACCAGUUUCCGUCAACUACAACACUUGGUGGUGCAAAGUGAGGCCCUCGAGAGUUUGCCGCAAAUGGGGUGUGAUGUGCUGCACGAGAUGAUAUCGAAUCUGCCUUUAAGUGCUGUAAUUCUGGAAAACAUUAAAAUCUUUGAUAAUGGUGACGAUGUGGUGGCAAAUGUGAACGGUGCCCAUGUGGAAAUUCUAAAUGUGGGCAAUAUCUCGCAGGAAUAUUGGCCGAAUUUCAGGCACCAUCUUAGAGACUUCCGCAACCUCAAGGAUCUAACCAUCAAUGUUUUAAACUGUAACACUCUGGUGGACUCAUGGGUGUUUGAGACUCUGGCCAGCCACUGUUGCCAACUACAAAAAUUAUCUCUGGAAAAUUGCGAUCUCUGCAUUGAGGAUUUUGGUGUGAUCAAAACACUGCAGCAUUUGUCACUGCUGAGUUGUGGUGGUCUCACCGCCGAAAAUCUUCAACAGGCACUCUCGGGUCUGCCCCUGAGGUCCUUGUCUUUAAUAAAGACCCGCAUUUUUGGUACAGUUAUACCCUGCCUGGUGUCACCUUAUCUGGAGCAGAUCAACAUCGAUUCCAUACACUGCGAAAAGUUUUCGGAUGUCUUUGAGAAUGCCCUCAACAGCAUGGACAAUUUGCAUACCAUAAACUGGUAUAAUGGCAACAUCAGAUCAGAUUGGAUUGUGCGUCAGUGUCCGAAUUUGCGAAAGCUUUACGUGCCCAACCCCCACUUGCUGCGUCAUUGUAUUCUGCGAGUGGCAUGCCUAACACAACUGUCGUUUUCGUCAUGCCAAAAAUUCACCUGGUACUUCCUCAUAGUUCUCAUCAAAAGUCUGCCACUGCAGCGGCUUAAUAUCUGUUCCAACGAUGUGAUUUGCGAUGACGAAAACACACCUCAAGAUGCUGCCGAUGUGGAAACCACUUUGCAACGCAUCGUCUUACCCUAUCGAAUUUAUGUGGCUGCUGAGAAUUUCUGGAUGGAUCUGCUCUGUGUCAAUCCAGGUCUCAAGUUAAUCUUCUAUGGUGAUAGCGGUGAUUUGCUUAAUCGCAAUUGUUUCCACAAAUUAUUGACCUUUCCCCAUGUCCGGCAUAGAUUGAAAAAUAUGAGAAUGUGCGGAUUUUCUGUAGAAAUUGCCGAUUUGCAGCACAGGUUUGAGGACACUCUUCAGCAGUUAAACACAAAAACUAGUCAUUUUAGGUCAAGAAACUGUAAAUUUACCGUCGAAUUAUAAAUAAGAAUGAAAAACUUUA